AGCCACCAGACCACGCCCCCUUCCGCGGUCGUCAUCCGAGCUCCCAAUACUUCCCUACUUCUCCUUGACCCCGCCCACCCCGCCAAGCAUCAUUUCCUGUGCGCUGGAUGCUGAUUGGUCCGGAAGUCGGAAGUGAGGGCGGGCUGUGGGGCCGUUGCCGCAGUGACAGUGCUGGGGGAGUCCGAAGAUGGCGGCGUCGCGUCGCUCUCAGCAUCAUCACCACCAUCAUCAACAGCAGCUCCAGCCCGCCCCAGGGGCUUCGGCGCCGCCGCCACCUCCUCCCCCACCACAGGGGGAUGGCAGUCGGGAUCCGCCCGACAGGCCCCGAUCCCCGGACCCGGUGGACAGUACCAGCUGUUGCAGUACCACCAGCACAAUCUGUACCGUCGCCACCGCUCCCGUGGUACCGGGGGUUUCCGCUUCAUCUGCCGUCGGGGUCCCUCCCAACCCAUCCGGCGGUGGCAGUAAUAAUUCACCGUCGUCCUCUUCUUCCCCAACUUCUUCCUCCUCCUCUUCUCCGUCCUCCCCGGGAUCGAGCUUGGCGGAGAGCCCCGAGGCGGCGGGAGUUGUCCCCGCAGCCGCACUGGGGCCGGCCUGCCGCAAUGGGGACGUGUCCCGGGUGAAGCGGCUGGUGGACGCGGCCAACGUGAACGCCAAGGACAUGGCCGGCCGGAAAUCGUCUCCCCUGCACUUCGCCGCAGGUUUUGGAAGGAAGGAUGUCGUAGAACAUUUGCUGCAGAUGGGCGCUAAUGUCCAUGCUCGUGAUGAUGGAGGUCUCAUCCCACUUCAUAAUGCCUGUUCUUUUGGCCAUGCGGAGGUUGUGAGUCUGUUACUGUGCCAAGGAGCCGAUCCAAAUGCCAGGGAUAACUGGAACUAUACCCCUCUGCAUGAAGCUGCUAUUAAAGGGAAAAUCGAUGUAUGCAUUGUGCUGCUGCAGCACGGAGCAGAUCCAAACAUUCGGAACACUGAUGGGAAAUCAGCCCUGGACCUGGCAGAUCCUUCAGCAAAAGCUGUUCUUACAGGUGAAUACAAGAAAGACGAACUCCUAGAAGCUGCUAGGAGCGGUAAUGAGGAAAAACUAAUGGCUUUACUUACUCCUCUCAAUGUGAAUUGCCAUGCAAGUGAUGGACGAAAGUCAACGCCCUUACAUCUUGCCGCAGGCUACAACAGAGUUCGGAUAGUUCAGCUGCUGCUUCAGCACGGUGCUGAUGUUCAUGCAAAAGACAAAGGUGGACUUGUGCCUCUUCAUAAUGCAUGUUCAUAUGGACAUUAUGAAGUCACAGAACUGCUACUAAAGCAUGGAGCCUGUGUUAACGCCAUGGAUCUCUGGCAGUUCACGCCUCUGCAUGAGGCUGCUUCCAAGAAUCGUGUAGAAGUCUGCUCUCUGUUGCUUAGCCAUGGUGCUGAUCCUACGCUGGUCAAUUGCCAUGGGAAAAGUGCUGUGGAUAUGGCGCCAACUCCUGAGCUCCGAGAGAGAUUGACUUAUGAAUUUAAAGGCCAUUCUUUACUACAAGCAGCCAGAGAAGCAGACCUAGCCAAAGUUAAAAAAACACUUGCCUUGGAAAUCAUUAAUUUCAAACAACCACAGUCUCAUGAAACUGCACUGCACUGUGCUGUGGCCUCCCUGCAUCCCAAACGAAAGCAAGUGACAGAAUUGUUACUUAGAAAAGGAGCAAAUGUUAAUGAAAAAAAUAAAGAUUUCAUGACUCCACUGCAUGUUGCAGCAGAAAGAGCUCACAAUGAUGUCAUGGAAGUUCUGCAUAAGCACGGAGCAAAGAUGAAUGCGCUGGACACUCUUGGUCAGACUGCUUUGCAUAGAGCUGCCCUCGCAGGUCACCUGCAGACCUGCCGCCUCCUGCUGAGUUAUGGCUCUGACCCCUCCAUCAUCUCCUUACAAGGCUUUACUGCAGCGCAGAUGGGAAACGAAGCAGUGCAGCAGAUCUUGAGUGAAAGUACACCUAUGCGUACUUCUGAUGUUGACUAUCGACUCUUAGAGGCAUCUAAAGCUGGAGACUUGGAAACUGUGAAGCAACUUUGCAGCCCUCAAAAUGUGAAUUGCCGAGAUUUAGAGGGCCGGCAUUCUACACCCUUACACUUCGCGGCAGGCUAUAAUCGUGUGUCUGUUGUGGAGUACCUUCUACACCACGGUGCCGACGUCCAUGCCAAAGACAAAGGUGGCCUGGUGCCCCUUCAUAAUGCUUGUUCAUAUGGACACUAUGAGGUAGCUGAGCUUUUAGUAAGGCAUGGGGCUUCUGUCAAUGUGGCGGACUUAUGGAAAUUUACCCCUCUCCAUGAAGCAGCAGCUAAAGGAAAGUAUGAAAUCUGCAAGCUCCUUUUAAAACAUGGAGCAGAUCCAACUAAAAAGAACAGAGAUGGAAAUACACCUUUAGAUUUGGUUAAAGAAGGAGACACGGAUAUUCAGGACUUACUGAGAGGAGAUGCUGCCUUGUUGGAUGCUGCCAAGAAGGGCUGCCUGGCAAGAGUGCAAAAACUCUGCACCCCAGAGAAUAUCAACUGCAGGGACACCCAGGGUAGAAACUCAACCCCUCUGCACCUGGCAGCCGGCUACAAUAACCUGGAAGUAGCAGAAUAUCUUCUAGAGCAUGGAGCAGAUGUUAAUGCCCAAGACAAAGGUGGCUUAAUUCCUCUUCAUAAUGCAGCAUCCUAUGGGCAUGUGGACAUAGCAGCAUUAUUGAUAAAAUACAACACAUGUGUAAAUGCAACAGAUAAGUGGGCUUUUACUCCUCUUCAUGAAGCAGCCCAAAAAGGAAGGACCCAGUUAUGUGCCCUCCUCCUAGCACAUGGAGCAGAUCCAACUAUGAAGAACCAAGAAGGUCAGACACCUUUAGAUUUGGCAACAGCUGACGAUAUCAGAGCUUUGCUGAUAGAUGCCAUGCCCCCAGAGGCCUUACCUACCUGUUUUAAACCUCAGGCUACCGUAGUGAGUGCCUCUCUCAUCUCACCAGCAUCCACCCCUUCCUGCCUGUCCGCUGCCAGCAGCAUAGAUAACCUCACUGUCCCUUUAGCGGAAUUGGCAGUAGGAGGGGCGUCCAACACGGGGGAUGGUGCAGCGGGCACAGAAAGGAAGGAAGGAGAAGUUGCAGGUCUUGACAUGAAUAUCAGCCAAUUUCUAAAAAGCCUUGGUCUUGAACACCUUCGAGACAUCUUUGAAACAGAACAGAUUACCCUAGAUGUAUUGGCUGAUAUGGGUCAUGAAGAGUUGAAAGAAAUAGGUAUCAAUGCAUAUGGACACCGCCAUAAACUAAUCAAAGGAGUAGAAAGACUCUUAGGUGGACAACAAGGCACCAACCCUUAUUUGACUUUUCACUGUGUUAACCAGGGAACUAUUUUGCUGGAUCUUGCUCCAGAGGAUAAGGAGUAUCAGUCAGUAGAAGAAGAGAUGCAAAGUACGAUUCGAGAACACAGAGAUGGUGGUAAUGCCGGCGGCAUCUUCAACAGAUACAAUGUCAUUCGAAUUCAAAAAGUUGUCAACAAGAAGUUGAGGGAACGAUUCUGUCACAGACAAAAGGAAGUGUCUGAAGAGAAUCACAACCAUCACAAUGAGCGCAUGUUAUUUCAUGGUUCUCCUUUCAUUAAUGCCAUUAUUCAUAAAGGGUUUGAUGAGCGACAUGCAUACAUAGGAGGAAUGUUUGGUGCUGGGAUUUAUUUUGCUGAAAACUCCUCUAAAAGCAACCAGUAUGUUUAUGGGAUUGGAGGAGGAACAGGUUGCCCCACGCACAAAGAUCGGUCAUGUUAUAUAUGCCACAGACAAAUGCUUUUCUGUCGAGUGACCCUUGGAAAAUCCUUUCUGCAAUUCAGCACCAUGAAAAUGGCUCAUGCCCCUCCAGGACAUCACUCAGUCAUUGGGAGACCAAGUGUGAAUGGGCUGGCGUACGCCGAAUACGUCAUCUACAGAGGAGAACAGGCAUACCCCGAGUAUCUCAUCACGUACCAGAUCAUGAAGCCGGAAGCUCCUUCACAGACUGCAACCGCCGCGGAGCAGAAGACCUAGUGAAUGCCCCCUGGGAAAGCCAGAUCAGAUUGAAACCUAGGACUGGACUCGAAUGAACUGUUUCCAACAAAACCAACAUUCUAUAAAUCCCUGACAGCCUAGAAAAGCUGUUUGUCGUUACGAAGCAUUGCUAUAGUGAUGGAUAUAGUAUGAGUAACUGAUACAUACUCAACUGCUGCUGUUCCCUUUGAGGAAAUGUUUACAGGGGCGGCCUUUUAAUAUAUCUCAGGCUCACUUUCAUUGCAGAUAUCCAUUUCUAAAAUAAGAUUGCUUUGAUCUAGACUUGGAAAUGGAAAAAGAGAAAACAUAACCAGUACGUUCCCAAAUGUUCACAAUUCACACACUACAUUUGCUUUGUUAUAUAUGGCAUUUAUAUAACAAGUACGCGUACCCAGGCUCAUUCUUAGUUUUUUCUAAACAGGCGUCAUUGGCUUUUUUUUUCUUACUUUGAUAAUAAGCUGGAGCCUUCUUGAUGAUAUCUUGCACAAAGUCACACUGACUAAAAUCAUUAGCAAUGCAACCUAAGCUUCUGGCUGAACAAGACUAGUCUCCACUUUUUUUCACUUUGAUUUAUUUUAUAUGUGUACUUCUUAUAAACAUAAAUUGAGAUGGAAAGGGAAAACAUCAGAUUUCAGUCCUUUUAUUGAUUGGCUAGUCUUAUAAGAGAAAGGCACAGACAUCAGCCUGGCUUGGAGCUCCCAAGGUGAGAGAAGCAGAGGGUGAGAGCCUAUCUCCAGCACCAGCUUCAGAGGCAUCAGGACCUGCUGGGACCCACUGGAGUGCAGCCAGGGAAGGGGGCGCUGCCAUCAAGCCUGGAGGUGAGACAACCAGGGAGGGCUGGGAAGGAGAAGCCGUUUCCCUGCGAGGAGCCUGUUCUGGGCUGUUGAAGCAGAAAGGGACUGCGGGGACGCCUCCAAGAAAAAAAUCCUCAUUUAAUCCGCACCACCAGGAUCGUUGCUCCAGACAGCUGCCUUUUCCAAAUUCUGUCAAAAUAUUGUGCUUCAUUGGAGUCACAGAAAUAUCACUUAUUGUUUCUUUAUGUUAGAAAGCUAGGGUUUAAAUCCUAUUUAGCAGAUAAAUCGGCACAAAUGCAAGGACUUUUUUGUUUACUCAAGAUUUGGCGCUUAUUUUGAAUGAGGUUCUUCAGAUAGUUUAGAUAGGUCCCUGCACUAAAUUUUAGAGUGGUUUCUUCAGACAUCUUAUAGACAAGGAGAACAAAAACUUGAAACCAAAGCUCUUUCAGUUAUUUUCUUACUGAAAAUGGAGAAAUACCAUACUGUUACUUCAUGAAAUUACUACUUUGUUUAGCUUGUUUAAUCAACAUUUGCUAAGUGCACAUAGACAUUUGUGAAAAAUUAGACAUUGUAGUUCUUACGCUCGCCCUUUUCACUUAACUGAACAUCGAAUGAGUGCAUUGGUUUAUUACUUUCACAUGCCGUGCACCUACUCAGCUUUGAAGCAAAGUAGUAUGUGGUAAAGAAAAGAAGAAACAGGGUGGCACAGACUUGCCAUUUCAACUUAAAGUCCUGAAAACUAAUUUGUUUUUUAAUGCAGGCUGAUUAAGCUGUGACUCAUUUAAUUGCCUAAAGAAAAAUAAAACAGUUACAUGCAAAAUUCCUAGAAUGGCGCUUAAAAUAUACAUUUCACUUUCUCUCUGGCUUGAGUCCAUUGCUAGAACUAGGCACUGGGCAUUAGUUUGAGUUUUCUAGCUCAAAAUUAAAUCAAGAAUUAGCCUCCGUUUUUGCUUCUGAUGGAGUUUCAGUGUGUGUCUUGGCUCCUUGUUUAAUAGCCCUAGAAUUCCAUAUGGAGCUUUGAAGUUUGAUAUUCAUUAAGAGGGCUUUCUCCCCCCGCCCCCUUUUCCUUCUGUUUCUCUGUGUAACAAUGGGUUGGUGAAAUUGGCAUCCGUGUAGUUUUCAGUAGCUGUGAAAGUGUAUAUUACCUCCCCACUUAGACAUAGUUUAAAAUGGUAAACACAGCUGUGAUUUUAGUUAAGUAAAAGGGUUAAUAUGGUAUAGAUAUCGAAAGCUUUAUAGCUUUGAAAAAAAGGCCACUACCCGACUGUGGUUGUAUGUCGUUUCCAUCAUGCUAACUGGAUUAAUGGAUGUGCCAGUUUUAAACUUCAGCCUUACACUUAAGAAGUUAAACUGUGGUUCAGUAUUUAAACUGCCGAUGUUAUGUAUUGUCUGUUCUGUGUGCCGAGUAAAGGUACCAUGUAAGGGAGA